GGUUUCUCCGGCCCCCGCUGCGAGAGCCGCCCCCCCGCGGCCUCCAACGCCACCUGCCCCCCAGGCGCCGGGGGGGGGCCCUUCUGCCAAGGGGGCGGCCGGGCCCCCCCCGGGCCGGAUAACGGGGGGUGUCGGGGACCCUGCGCCACCAAGGGGGGGGACGGGACGUGCGACCGGGAGUGCAACACCCCCGGGUGCGGGUGGGACGGGGGGGACUGCGCCCUGCGGGUGGGGGACCCUUGGGGACACUGCGGCGUCCCCGAGUGCCCCCCCCUCUUCACCAACGGCCGCUGCGACCCCCGCUGCGACACCCCCCCCUGCCUCUACGACAACUUCGAGUGCCACCCCCCCGCCCCGCGCCUGCAACCCCCUCUACGAGCAGUACUGCGCCGACCACUUUGGGGACGGGCGCUGCGACCAGGGCUGCGCCAGCGAGGAGUGCGGCUGGGACGGGCUGGAUUGCGCCCAGCAGGUCCCCGAGGCCCUGGCCCAGGGGGUCUUGGUGGUCACCGUCCUCCUGCCCCCCGAGGAACUGCGCCGGGCCAGCGCCGCCUUCCUGCAACGCCUCAGCGCCAUCCUGCGCACCUCCCUGCGCUUCCGCCUCCAUCCCGACGGCCGCUACAUGAUCCAGCCCUACUACAGGCCCCGGAGGCUGCGGAGGAGGGAGGUGGCCCCCGAGGUCAUCGGCUCGGUGGCGACCUUGGAGAUGGACAACCGCUUGUGCGCCCGGGGACCCGCCAAGUGCUUCCCCGACACCCGCAGCGCCGCCGACUACCUGGGGGCGCUCUCGGCCCUGGAGCGCCUCCACCUCCCCUACCCCGUCACGGCCGUGCGCGGUGACAAGCUGCCCGAGGAGCCGGCCGCCGUGGGGCUGCUGCCGCUGGUGGGGGUGGGGGGCGUCAUCCUGCUGGCCAUCGCCGUGCUGGGGGUGCUGGUGGCCCGGCGGCGGCGGGAGCAGAGCACCCUCUGGUUGCCCGAGGGCUUCAGCCUGGCCAAGGAGGGGCAGAGGGGCCGGAGGGAGCCCGUGGGGCAGGACGCCCUGGGCAUGAAGCCCAUGGGGAAGGGGGAGACCCUCAUGGGGGCCCCCCCCGAGGAGUGGCCGGACGGCGACUGCCCCGAGGCCAAGAGGCUGAAGGUGGGGGAGGCGCAGCCCCAGGACCCCGUGGACAGUCGCCAGUGGACCCAGAGCCACCUGGUCGCCGCCGACAUCCGCGUGCCCCCGGCCACCGCCCUGACCCCCCCCCAGGGCGACUCCGACUCCGAUUGCCUGGACGUCAACGUGCGGGGGCCAGACGGCUUCACCCCCUUGAUGUUGGCCUCCUUCUGCGGGGGCAGCCCGGAAGCCCAGGUGGCCGAGGAAGAGGAGGGCGAGGAAGCCUCGGCCGGCAUCAUCGGUGACCUCAUCUGCCAGGGUGCCAACCUGGGCGCCCAGACGGACCGGACGGGCGAGACCGCCCUGCACCUGGCCGCCCGCUACGCCCGCGCCGACGCCGCCAAACGCCUGCUGGACGCCGGCGCCGACCCCAACGCCCAGGACAAGGCGGGACGCACCCCCCUGCACGCCGCCGUCACCGCCGACGCCCAGGGCGUCUUCCAGAUCCUGAUCCGGAACCGCUCCACGGACCUGGACGCCCGGACGGGGGACGGUUCCACCGCGCUCAUGCUGGCGGCGCGGCUGGCGGUGGAGGGGCUGGUGGAGGAGCUCGUCGCCUGCCACGCCGACGUCAACGCCGUGGACGAGAGCGGGAAGUCGGCCCUGCACUGGGCGGCCGCCGUCAACAACGUGGAGGCCACGAGGGCCCUGCUGCGGGGGGGGGCCAACAAGGACCUGCAGGACGGCAAGGUGCGACCCCCAACCGCGACCCCCAAACCGCGACCCCUAACUGUGGACCCCCCCACCACGACCCCCAACCAUGACCCCCCAACCACCACCCCCACUGUGACCCCCAACCGUGACCCCCAACCACCACCCCAACUGUGA